AUGUUGAAAAAGGCUGCGAUAAUUCUUGAGGGAUAUAAUGCACGUUUCAAGAAACUUCCGAAUGACGAGAAAAAUAUUGUAUAUUGUGUUCAGCUUGUAGAUUCACCACAAGAUAACGCGUAUAGUCAUCUUUUAGGGAAUUCUAGGGAUAAAGUAAAAACGCUGAUUGAGAACUACAGGCCUACAGUAGUUGUGCGUAGAAAGGGAGGCGCUUCUAGAGUAUGCAUUGAUUAUCGCGCUGUUAAUAAAAAAGUAAUUCGUGAUCAUUUUCCGUGGCCUGUCAUUGAUGGUCAAUUGGAUACAUUGGCUAAGGCACGAGCUUUUAGCACAAUAAAUUUGAAAAAUGCAUUUUACUACGUAGAAGUAGAGAAAGAAAGUCGCAAAUACACAUCUUUCGUGACGUCGACAGGGAACAUAAUUGAAGGUGGUACGAUUAAAACAUCCCCAGAAAAAAUAAAAGUCGUAAGCGAUUUCCCUGAACCAAAAAAUAAAAAAAUGGUUGCUAGUUUUUUAGGACUUGCAGGUUACAUGCGUAAAUUUAUACGGGGAUUUACAUGGAUGACAAAAGCACUGCGAGAUUGCUUAAAGAAUGACGUUGAAUUUUACUUCGGGAAAGAACAGCAUGAGUCAUUUAAAUUGUUAAAGCAGGCAUUAUCCGAAGAGCCUGUAUUGCGUAUGUUCGAUCCGCGAUUAGAAAUUAAGGUGCACACCGAUGCCUCAAUGGACGGCUAUGGCGCAGUUUUUAUGCAAAAAUGUCCAGAAGACGGAAUGAUGCAUCCGUGCUUCUACUUUAGCAGAGCGACGACCGAUGUAGCGUGA